GAUGGAUUGGCGAAGUAGCGAAGAAGUGAUUAGUGCAGGAAAAGCUCCGCCGAGUCUUCAGAAAAGUCCUGAGGAAGAAAUCCGGCGCGACCAACUGUGAUCUUGACUCUGCCGUUCCCAUUAUCAACCGGAUCUUGACAUACGCGCAGCAAAGUCGCGAAAGUUUUCUCGCUCUCUCCAAACUCCGUUAACUAUACCGGAGCAAGUCGGGAUUUUAAGAAGACGCAGCCGUGAAAUUGACUAACUGGCCUCGUUGACCAGGAAAGUGUUUAAGCGUGCGCUGACGCGUCUUUUCCAGUCUGGAGGAAACUCUAAGCGCUCCAGCGCUUCCUCAGGACUUUCUGCUUUCCGCCCUCUCCAUCUCAAAACUUUGUUUUCCUCUCCACUCCCCCUUCUUUCCGCCGCUUUACCUGCCGCCGCUCCGAGCCGCGAAUCUGUCCCGUGAGUCUUUUUCUUCAAUGGGCGCCUUGGAUUCAAUUAGCGGAGGACCUGCCAAUCCGACCGCCGCUGCCCUUACGAUGCUGAACGGGGCAGAGAGCCAAAACUUUGCCAAGGAGCCUCCGGACCUCCAGGGAACCACGACCAAAGACUCGGGCGGUGGGGGCGAGCUGAAAAUGGGAGCCCCCCAGGACCGCUUCUACUACCCUGAUCCCCCCUUGCAGGAAGGCAGCUGUAACUUAGGGCUGACCUAUGGAGGCCCGAUGGUGCAAAGCGCUUUUGCGGGGAGCGACCCGGCCUCUUCGGGCAGGUUUUUGGGGCCAGCAGCGAACAACUGCUCUUCCUACCGAGGUCAGCCUCCCCCGCCUAUCCCAGCGUCAACUGGUCCCGCCGGGAAUCCUAGCUUCUCGGUCUCAGUUGGCGAGCUCUAUCCUAGCGCCGGAGAUCUGUAUGCUAGCGCGCCCGCCGGAGAAGGCUGCUACUCGACGGCGGUCCAACACGUGUUCCCGCGGGCUCCUCUCUAUCCCGUGCCGGGCUAUCAGGUCUCCGGAAAGAUCCAGAUGGUCCUCAACAACUAUCCACUCUGGGCCAAGUUCCACAAGCAUCAGACGGAAAUGAUCAUUACCAAGCAGGGCAGGAGGAUGUUUCCAUUUCUGAGUUUCAACAUCUCCGGGCUGGAUCCUGUGGCUCAUUACAGUAUCUAUGUGGAUGUUGUGUUAGUGGAUCAGCACCACUGGCGAUACCAAGGCGGGAAAUGGGUUCAAUGCGGCAAGGCCGAGGGAAAUAUGCCAGGGAAUCGGACAUACAUGCAUCCAGAUUCUCCCAACACUGGAGCACAUUGGAUGCGACAGGAAAUAUCCUUUGGGAAACUGAAACUCACCAACAAUAAAGGAGCAUCAAACAAUAUCACCCAGAUGAUUGUACUGCAGUCCUUACACAAGUAUCAGCCUCGCCUGCAUGUUACUGAGGCCAAGCAGGGUGAAGUGGACGAGGUGCAUCCCUCAAUCUGCACCCAGACCUUUACUUUUCCUGAGACUCAGUUCAUCGCGGUUACUGCAUACCAAAAUGCUGAUAUCACUCAGCUGAAAAUAGAUCAUAACCCUUUUGCUAAAGGCUUCCGCGAUAAUUUUGAUACGAUGUAUACCACAACCGAGGGAGAUCGCACAACCCCAUCUCCACCCAGUGUGGCCAGCUGCCAACAGCUCCUGUCAGGCAGCCGGUUCCAGCCUUUCUUGCAUGACCAGUUUCCACUGCCCCAGAGCCGCUUCUUCAAUCGAGAAUGUGUCCCACUCCCUCUGCCACCCAAGGAUCCUCCCCACUGGUAUUUUGCUUCACAACAGCCUCCCCCUGCUUCCCUGGAAUAUGGUGCCUAUGAGGGAGACUUCCGAGGGAACAAAUUUAUGCCCUAUGGGGUAAAGCCAUUUGCUCUCCAGCCGGCUUCCCACUCCUCCUUGCCCUAUUAUCAGGACCACCCAUUUGGUCCACCUCCUGCAUGGAGUUCGCCACCUCAGUACCACCAUCCCAAGCCCAAUCCGGGGCCCCUGAGCUGGUUCCGGCCCAUGCGGGAUUUGCAGGCCUUGCCUGCUGGAGAGGAGAAAGGGAAGGACAAUGAGGGCUGGGCUGAACCAGGCUCAGUGAAGUCUGCAGAUUCGUCAGACUCUGGCUUAUACGAAGCUGAGUGUAAGCGUCGCAGAGUGUCUCCAUAUGUCUCAAGUGCUGAAAGUUCCCCACCUCUCCGCAAUGGGGAGCUCUAUGACAAAGAAAGUGGUGGGGACAGUGGUUAUUAUGGGUUCUAUGGCAACUAAGAGAAGUCAGAGAGGUGGAAUAGCAAAGGAUGGGGAGGGGGGUUUCUACAGAGGUAACUUUGUAUCAGAGAUUCCCUGUAAGAUGCAUCUCUUUGUGGGGAAUAGUCCACUCCUCCAUGGGCACUGCCAAAAGUAUCGCUAAGUCAUAGAUUGAGGUUCUUUGUAAUCACACUUCUUUAUUCUACAGUUUCCAGGUGGUAGUCUUCUGAUGUUAAACAUGCAUUCAUUGCGACAUUUGUGGAUCUAAGUGAUGCAAGCUUUCAUGGUGAGCCCAGAUCUUGGCUCUUGGAUUCCCUUAUAUUCAUGUAUAAGAGCUUUUGCUUGUGUGUGGCAAAUGACAAGGACAGACACACUCCAGUAGAAAUGCAUCAACGCAACACAUCUGCAGUUUCUCUUCACAUACUGUAGCUAUUUUCAAUUUUGCUUCUAAGCUCUGCCAUUUCUGCAUAUUGUUGAGCAAUGAGAAACAAUUUUAUCUUCUUAAAUGCAUUGAAAUGUUUAGCAAAUAUUAAGAUGUGAAAUUUGACAUGGAGAGAGCUGAUAAACUCACACAUGUGCACAAAUACUUCUUAAUUCUAAAGUGCAUGCCAUAGUAUCAGCUUGCUGGUUUCAGUUGUUCUGAUUUAUUAGAGAUUGGCGCAGCAAAGUAGGCCUCAAUCUGUUAAGUAUCACCUGCUGAAUUAGAAACCAUGAAUACAACUCAGCUGUGCGUCUGUCUGAGGAUGCAAUCUCUCUGCAGCACUUUGCUUUAAAGGGGAUAUGCAUUUUGUGCCUUUGAAUGAGUACAAAUGGACCUCUUCUGUCCUUGCACAGCUAGUAACAUAUCAAUGUCUUUAUUGUAACUAAAUUUAGGACAAUGUAAUUACACUCCAGUCUCUACCUAUCUAUCCUUUUUAAGAUCCCCACAAUCCAUUAACAUAUCAUUGGGAUUACUGUGGAUAGUAAGACUGAAAUAAAAUUAUGGCAAGCAAUUUGGAAUUUGGAAAAAUGUUUUUGGUACAAAAUAAAAAUGUACUAUUCCUACAUUUUAUUUCAAUUCUGCAUGCUUGGUUUCAAAAUCAAGGUUCUGUUGGUCCAACCCACCCAGGGAUUGAUAACCUCAAAUGUCUUUUUAACAGAGCUCAGCAUAUAUAUCUGAUCACAUACAGAUGUGCUGUGUUCUCAUUGCUUUGGGUUCACUUGGAUGAAUACUUGAAUUAAAGAAAUCAGCCACUUAUGCAGUAUAAGAAAAGAGGAAAUGUAUUCCCCCCCCCCAAAAAAAAACAAAGGAUGGUAUAGAUACACAAACUCAUAUAGACAUAUAUACAUGCAAAUUUGGGAACUGAUACAAAUAAAUGCAAUAUAUCUUAAAACAGUGGGAAAAGCUUCCACCAGUACAGCUGUUGGUCAAUCUGCUAUAUACAAAGAUUGUUGUUGUUGUUUGCCAAUUUAUAUGCCCUUGCUAUCCCUUUGAUAUUUUUUUUAAAAAAUCUUUUAAUUUGAUUUUAGCUGUACCUUCUUUCAAACAGAAAAGGCUUUCAAAAAAUCUGAUUCCCUCUGAGAAGUCUUAAGAUAAAUAAUUUUAUCUCUAAAGUUAAGUUCAAUAAUGACCUAGCCAAGAUAAGAUUGCAGUUAGUUUACAUAUGCAAAAACCAUAGGUUACAGUAAUAAUUUCAUUGUUAUCAUAGAACACUAUGUCUCUAAUUAUGAACUAGAAAUAACAAAACUUGUUCUGUGGCAAAACAAACCAACCAAUCCUAAAUCAAGAGUAGCUGAACCUGAGAGAUGGGUCUUUGUGCACAAGCUUAUUCCACUUAGUAAUCUGAUUUAGUAAUCCAGUGUAUCGCCUCAUGUAAAGAAAUGUAAAGAAAUCAGGAAUUUAGCAGUUCUGGGGAUUCAUAACUCAGCUCUAGGACAAAACGUACACAGGUAUGCAAAUAUGUAUUCUCUACUAUGCAUACUUAGGCCAUAUGGACAAUGCUGAAGUUCUUUGGGACUCUGGGAUGGUUUAAAACUUAGUUAAACAAGAAGAUUCUGUACUAUGACUUCAUUUUAAAUUUCCUAGCACAUGGGUCCCCAACGCCUGGAUGGUGGCCCAUUCUGAACCAGGCUGCUCAAGAGGCAGGCAAGUGUGCAGGUAUGCAGCUUCACUCACACAAGCAGCAGGCUCUUGCACUCCCUCUUGAAGCUCCAUUUGCGCAAGCAGUGGGUGUAUGUAUCUGCCACUCACACAAAUGGACCUCUGCGUGCACGGGCGUCUGCCACUCACAUGGAAACAUCCCCUCUCCUCCCACCUGCGCCGGGCCACCAAGCCAGAAAGGUUGGGGACUGCUGUCCUAGGAAGCAAAGUAUUGCUGAUAAAAUGUCAUUCACCAUGAAUCCCUUUCUAAUACCUGAAUUCUAAAAGAUUGAACAGGUUGUUUGUAGGUCUUCUACAUUGCAAAUGUUUGCUGCCAUUUUUGCUUGCUAUCUUAUGUCCCAGUCCAGAUUUCAACCACAGAGAACAGCAAAGACCAGAUGUAAUCAGCAUUCAGGAAUAGAUUUCCCAAGGAGUCUCCCUACUCCUCUCUUCUGAAAAUUGGUGGUGCAGGCAAAGGGAGAAAAAAAUUACCUCUUGUUGUAUGCAAAAUCAGAAUUACCAUAUCAAACUUUUUUGGUUGGAUUUUGUAGUAUUUGCCAUAAUUUUCAGGCAAAUGCAACAAGCAUAUCCUCCAGUUUAGAGUAUUUUCCAAAGCCAAAGGCAAAGAAGUUGUCAACCCUCAGGCUAUUAUCCUACGCAUGGUAUCCCCCGUCCACUGAAUUCUUUUAAAUACUGAAAAAUGUCCCAGUGGGUUGGCCUACCUGAUCAUUUAUAAAACCCUAUCUAAAUAAUUAGCUUUAUGGACAAUGGGCAGAGGCAGAGAUAGGUUGUAUUUUUAUAUUUCAACCUGUUCCUUUAGAAAGAUUUUCCCUCCCCAAUAAAUCUUGUUAGUAAUUUAUAAGCCCUGAUCCUGGAAACACUUGAUGGUCAUUUGGUAAUUAUGCUAGACAAUCAAAAGGGACACUCCCCUCUUAAAGUCUCUUGUUGGCCCAAUAACUUCUGCUGAAUCACCUUGGGAUGGUGAUGGUCAGAUUCAGCUGUUUACACUCUUAAAGAUAACAAAAAAGAUGUAGAUGUAAAAGAGAAAAUGAUCUUUGUGGUGUUUUGAAGUUCUCUUUUCUAAUUUUAUUUUUCAGGACAACAAAAUCUUUAUGGUUGCAAAUAUUUAUUGAAAGUAGUGUACAGGCUCUGUGAGAUUUGUUUUUGGGCUUAAGGAUUUCUUUAAAUAAAUUGUCGCACAUUGGAAUGUGUAUCAUGUGAACAUGUAUGUUUUUCAUUCCUUGGGGACACCAUCAUUAUAGUAAUUCUAUACAUAUACAGUAUUGGCCAUAUCCUCAGAGACAGAAGUGAUCGCAGCAACCCACCUUGCAGGGAAGUGGGGAUCAGCAACUGCUAAUGGAAUUUGAGCCACAUAGCUUAUGCUACCUUCCCCAAUGAAUAUUGCUCCUCUGAGUUAUCUUGGACCACUAUUGGUUGGGAAGAAUAUUCAUUGACCUACCUGAUCUGCUUCUGAACAUGCGUUCAUGUGUCUGCAAAUGCAUGAACCAUACUGUCCUUCAGACAGCAAAAUAUUUGGGAGCAGUUCUGCUUCAGGGAUGGCAUUUAAAUUAUCACAUAAAUGUUAUUCUGCUGGGAUGCUAUGAGCUUUUUCCAGAGAUAUGAUUUCAAAAAUGAGCCUCUAGCUCUUUCAUAAGCCAUAAGGAGCUUUUAAGAGGUAACGUUUCCUUCAAGCAGAUUUCAAUUCUUGGUGAUCUCACAGAUUCAGCUAGUGUCUUCGUAAUAGAACUGAAGUGUCUUCGUAUGAUUUCACAUUUCUUCUAUUUGGAUCAGGAAAUAAUUGAUGUACCAUGAGGCACCACAAACUCCUUUACACUGUGCACAGCUCUCGUUCUCAGCAGUCUGAGGAUGGGGGUGAGGGUAAAACUUUGGCCUGAACAUGUGAGACUAUAAAUAUGGCUUACAUGACCAAGAAUACCCGUCUUCCCAAUUUUUAUUCAUACUUUACACAAUAUGCUUGUUUACAGUAAAUGGAGAUGUCAUACUGCAUAAUGAACCCAUAAACAAAUCAUACAGUAGACUAAAAUGUGGAUGCUUAGUCUGCGCUGCAUAUCAUAUAAAUGGCCCUCAAUAAAUUUAGGCCAUUGGGAGAAAUCCUAGAUCAGAACUCUCCCUCAAUAGGCCAUGAUUCAAACAUGGCACCCUAUCACUACCCUGUGCUCUCUGUAGGCCAAAAUCAUAACUGAUUAUUAAAAUAGUCCAUGAAAUCAACAAAGGUGCUGGUCUUCGAGUUAAAAUGCUAGGAUUAAAUUUAAUAAUACUGGACAGGAUGAGAGAAGAGGGCAGACUCUCCAUCAAAGUAUUUUUUCUUUUAG